AUGGCGCCUACAGAAGGUGACGCUACCGCCUCUGCGCGGCCAGGCGGAUUUGUACGCUCGAGGAAGCGUUUCAAGGCUUACACAUGGAAGUACAAGAAAACCAUCUCGCCCAUUGCUUCCUUCGUGCUGGUGGUAAACCAGAUGAUCGGAUACGGAAUGAGCGACAUCCCUUCUGUGAUGCGUGAGGGCGGAUGGCUGUACGCCCUGCUGGCGAACCUACUAGUGUCAGUUUUGGCCGCAUUGUGCAGCCUGAUGCUGCUGCGAGCCAUGACACUGAUUCCUCACAACGAGAACUUCGACCAUCGCAUCGAGUACAACACGUUGGUCAAGUACUACCUCUCGGACCACAACUUCCGCAUGGUGGCGCUGCUGCACCACGUCGGUGACCUAUGCAGCGUUAUCUGCGGCAUACUCGCAUUUUCGAAGCUCGUGGAUAUGUUGCUGGUGCGAACGUUGGGGUGGACGCUAGCGCUGCAAGUCUAUCCGGAUGCGCAUUUCGGCCGCGUCGACAUCCAGACCGUGACAGCCAUCUACGAGUCCAACGUUAGCAGCGGCGCCGACGGGCAGUCGUUCACGCUGGCCAUAACAAUGGGUUAUGUCAUUUGUGCCGUGUUGUGCCUGCGUCUUAGCGCAUGCGCGCUGGAGGAGACCAUGGGAUUCCAUGUCUUCUCGUUCCUGGCGCUGAUCGGUUGCACCAUGCAGCUCGCCGUGUUCGGUUUCGCUCGUUAUUUGGGUGGAGUGCCCUCCUCCAAGCCACCAGCGAUAGGUGGGAGGCGUUUCAGCAAGGUUAUCCUGACGUUUGUGGAGAAUUUCAACGUCGCCAGCUCAACUCCGUCCUGGGCAAACGAGAUGACCAGCGACGUGAAGGUCGUCAGGACAAUGUGGACAAGCACGUUCUUCACCUCCGCAAUCUACCAUGUGUUGGGAUACAUCCUGUGCGUCGGCUUCCCGGCCAACAGCGGGAGCAUCGUGAGCGACAUCCUGCUCAGCAACACUAGUGUGUUGACGCAUGCAGCCAUCUGUCUCUUCGUUGCCGUUAACGUGCUGCCCGAUGUGGUAUUUGGCACUAUCAGUACCAAGUACAACCUGCUCAACCUGGGUUACUGCGGAUCGCGAUUGGCCUACUUCUGGGGGUGCGUCCUGCCAUUCACCUUCACGUGGAUGCUCUCCAACGAGUCACUUUUCUUCGAAUAUCUGGGACACAUCGGACUCAUAUCUGCGUUAUUCUGCGAUUUUGUGAUUCCGGUAGUGGUAUACAAAGUGGCAAACGAUAGCAUGGCCGAUUUUAUGGACGCGUCGACAGGGGGAUACCUAGAAGGUCGCACGAAUUCCGACGGCAGCUACUACCUGGGAGAGGCUUCGCACGCCGCGGAGAUGUUACUAAAACGCGGUACGAGCAUUCUGUUUAAUAAGAUCGGCAGCAUUAGUCGUGCCUUCACAAUGGACAUGCGUCAGAAACCGAUCACUGAAGAUCUGCUGAAGAGCGACUCGAUUAGACCUGAGGCCUUCCCCUAUAUCGCACGGCAGCAAUCGGACAUAGAUUUCGGCGGUAUUGACUUCAUGAAGUUCAAGAUCAUACGCCCGCCUCCGCAGCCCAGACCUGACGACCACCUGUACAAUGUCAUCGCCCCUCAGAGGCGAUCGGGACGCGUUGUUUUCGACGGCCUGGGCCUCUGUGAACCUGACAUGUACGAUGAAACCUCCUCGACCCCGCCGCAGUCUGAGCGCGCUGCGCGCAAACAGCGGGUGGAGGUGUUCCCAGUGCAGUUCCUCGAGAAGCACAGCACGCUGGUGACGCACCUCAUUCUAUCGGUGCUAGGGGGGAUGAUAGUCAUUCCCAUGGUAUCACGCUUCAAAUUAUUUACAUGUGAAAAACAACUAACGCAAAGGCAUUUAUUGCUGAGUUUAGUGACUCAGUGA